GAUUGUGUUCUUUGGUCGAGGACGGCGCCUGCGCUGUGUGUCCUGCAGCCUGGGAAGCAAAGGGAGGCGGUAUGUUCGGCGGGCGGGCGGCGCUGCUGCUGCGAGGGCUGCGGCCCCGGCUGACGGUGGAACCCCGGAGGCACCACGACCCCUUCAGAGAUUUGCCGAAGGGAUUGGACAAGUUCCGUCAGAAAAUGAAGGGGAUCUUGCCUGGCAGUGACUGGACCCCUUUGCCUGUGUCAGGAGACCUGCCUCCUGAGCAGGCUGAUGUGGUCAUUGUCGGAGGAGGUGUGGUUGGAUGGUCGGUUGCCUACUGGUUGAAGAGGAAUGAGCCCCGGAGUGGUGCCAUUCGAGUUGUGGUGGUUGAACGGGACCUCAGUGUGAGUUGUCAGAGCUCUGCAAGGUAUUCCAAAGCAUCCACAGUACUUUCUGUUGGGGGGAUACGGCAGCAGUAUUCAAUGCCAGAAAACAUCCAGAUGAGCCUGUUCUCAGCAAACUUCUUGCGCUUAAUAGACGACUACCUUCACGUUAUUGGCCAGCCACCGGUAGAUGUUCAGUUUAAUCCUUCAGGCUAUCUGUUCCUGGCUUCAGAUGAAACAGCUGCAAUACUAGAGGAGAAUGUGAAAGUUCAAAGGAUGGAAGGAGCAAAGGUGUCUCUGCUUUCACCAACAGAACUGAAAAAGAAAUAUCCAUGGAUGAAUACAGACGGUGUGGCAUUGGCUUCCUGUGGGCUGGAAAAUGAGGGCUGGUUUGACCCUUGGACUCUCUUGAAUGCCUUACGAAAUAAAGCAAUCUCAAUGGGUGUCUACCAGAGCUGUGGUGAAGUGACAUCUUUCAUUUCGGAUGCCACAGAAAUGACGACGCAGGAUGGAGAGCGAAUUGAUUUUUCCCGUAUCAAAUAUGUUAAUGUCCAAAUGCCCAACAGUACUGAAUAUGCCACAAUCCAGUGUUCCCUCGUGGUGAAUGCAGCAGGAGCCUGGUCAAGCAAAGUGGCAGAGAUGGCUGGCAUUGGGACUGGCCCUCCAGAUUCAGUAUCUGGAGUCAAGUUGCCAGUGGAACCUAAGAAAAGGUAUGUUUACGUGUUUCACUGUCCUGAUGGGCCUGGCUUGGGGUUCCCAAUGCUAAUAGACACUACAGGAGCUUACUGCCGGAGGGAAGGCUUGGGUGGCAACUACCUUGGAGGCAUAAGUCCCACAGAAGAGGAAGAACCAGAUAUCCAGGAUUUGGAAGUAGAUCAUGAAUUUUUCCAAGAGAAGGUCUGGCCCAACUUGGCCCAUCGGGUGCCUUGCUUUGAAUCCUUAAAGGUGAAGAGUUCUUGGGCCGGUUAUUACGACUACAAUACUUUUGACCAAAGCCCUGUAAUUGGCUUGCACCCACUGGUGGAAAACCUUUACUUUGCUACCGGCUUCAGUGGGCAUGGGCUGCAGCAGUCCCCAGCCGUUGGCCAAGCCAUUGCCGAGCUCAUCCUGGAUGGCAAAUACAAGACAAUCGACCUAGAAGCAUUUUCCUUCAACAGACUCAUCAAGGGGGAGAAGGUUCUAGAGAGGAAUGUCAUCUAAAUGUGAGCAUAGACCUGGAAAUCCAUUUUGAAGGGAGAAGCUGCCCCCUCUUCUUUCCAUCUGGCCAUCAAUAUCGUCAUGGAUUGAUAACAAGUGGCAGUCCUGGGUUUCCCUGAUUCAGUACGAAGAGAUAGGAGAUGGAUUUACGCGGAGUCCUGGAUGAAAAAAGAACACCCACAAUGUGAUUGAUGAAGCAUAAUGAAGCACUGAAUUAGUUUGAAUCUUCACAGUCAUGAAAAGCUGCAGCACUCAAGUUUCAGCAUGCGAAGACACAGCAUUUUUCAAAAAGAGGAAAUCUAAUGCAGCUCUUCUAAAAUUGGACUUUCUGUUAUAAUUGGCUUUCUGUGCCAUCUAAUCAUUUGAUAUUGUUGAAAUUGAUCACUGGUUGAGAUGCAACUGCUAGUUGGAUGGGUACCUUUACUAAGGAUUUUUCCCUGAGCGAACCACAGAAACAUCCUUUGAGGAACGACUGAACUUUCAUCUUUCUCCUUAGCCCAGAAAUCAGGUUGACUUCUUACUCAGCUAUUUGAUUCUUUAUUUACAGCUGUGUUAACAGUUGGAGCACUGAAAGCAGUUGGGGCACUGAAAGCUAAGAAGUUGGAGCACAGUUGGAGCACUGAAAGCUAAGAAGCUCUUCCUUUAGAGCUUUGGCUUAAAUUCCUGAGAUCUACCAAACCUUGCAGAGGAGGAAACAGUUGUGGAGUGGAAGAGAUCCAUAAGUGUCACGUGGAUCAUCUCCCUGAUAGUGCAGGAAUCCUCUGAUCAGUGAAAUCAAGUGAAAGAAGCAUCUGUGAGGGGUGGGGGUCCUUGCACAAAACUCUUUAUCUCCCCCCCCCCGUGCAGCCCUAUGAUAAAAUAUAAUAAUAAUAAUAAUAAUAAUAAUAAUAAUAAUAAUAAUCUUUAUUUAUACCCUGCUCCAUCUCCCCCAGGGGGACUCGGGGCUGCUUACAUGAGGCCACUCCCAUCAGUACAAUAGCACAAUAUUACAAAAACAUAACAAAACGAGAAAAUAAAAAACAUAAAAUGCAAAAACCAAUAUAAUAGACGACACAGCAAUAUAAAAUCAAACGUUAAAACACAAAGGAAUUUCACUGGGCGGGGCCAAUUCAAAAAUGGAAUUUUAAAAAUUUAAAAACACUGGGAGAUAGGGCAAUGUAAAAUUUUCGGGAAGGGGGAUCCGGGGAUGAGGAAGAAUUUAAUUGCACGAACCAUAAAAUAAAGUGCUUCUGAGGUCAUUUUGGUCAUACAAAUGAAAUGAAUGUUUGGCCACAACUUUGAGUUUGCUAUGCUCUGAAAAGUCAAUAGCAUAGAAAACAGUCCUGAACACACUAGCUCUUUAAGGCUUUUGGUGACCUUGAUGCGGUGAACAAUAGCCAAAAACUUGAGUACGAUUGGUUAUCCUGGACUCUUAUCUUUUGGACCAGAAAGCAGAUAUGAAAUUAAAUGCUGUUUUUAAAAGGAAGGAAGAUUUUUUGCAAAUCCCAAUACCCAGCUGUUUGAGAAGGCAAAGACAAAAGCUGUUUCAAGGUGAAAUCAGUUGGAUAAAGAUUAUUAAUUUUGGUAUGCAUCCUUACCUUAAUUUUACCCUUCUGGAUUUCAAAAAUAUUUUUGAUCAGAGAUGACAGCAUAGUAAAUGUAAGAAAUGUGUAAAGAUGAUGCAAAGUAGUAUUUUUAUAUUUGUCCCUGCUUUGUAAAAAAAACAACCCUAUUGUCGAGUCUCAAGCUCAGAAAGGAGGCUUAUUUAAAUGAGAGAGAGAGGGAAAAAACAGCAGAACCCACUCUGAAGUACAGUGGCUGCUCGAAAUCAGUUAGAGUUUGAUUUUGGUGUCUGUUCCCACCUUCUGUGGAUAUCAAAAACCAUGGAUGCUUAAGUAACAUUCUAUACCAGUGUCUCCUAAUCUUUUUUUGACAGGAACCACUUUGACCAGAUUCCAACAGGGUUAUGAAUCAGUUUUUGGUGAAUUUUAUAAUCUGUUUGGUUAUUUGAAGUGCUGAUUCAGAAAGUGGCAUUGUUUAGAUCACAUCAGCUCUAGUUUCUGAUACAGAACACAUGCCAUUCAGUAGUCACCAUCUGCUCGCCCACAGAAAACCAUAUUUAAUAAUCUAGAGCUGAUGCGGUAAUAGUAAUCUUUCGUGGGUAGUCGGCCUUUCCCCUCCCAAUAUCCCCGUUGCUUCGGCACUAUAAGAGGGUUUCAUGACACCAGUUGCUCUCGUUGCCAGUGGUUUUGAAGCAACAGUGUAGUAAUGGUGAGGCCACAGACUGUAUUUGCGUUCUUGAGGACCACUGGUGGUCCCUGGCCACAGGUUGGGAACCACUGUUCUAUACAAUGGCAAACAACUCAGAUGUGUGCCAGAGAGAGCCUAAGGAUUUGUGAAAUGGUGGCAGGCUACAGCAGGGUGUGGCUAUGCAUCAGCAUAUUACUUGACAUGUUUACUUUUGGAAUAGAUUUUCAAUUUUUUUGAGUUGGUCAAAUCGAUGGAUACAGAACCUAUGGAUAUAGAGGGCUCAAUAUAUAAAAUAGCUACUAGGGUUCCAGAGAAGAAAAAGGGACUCGUGGAAUUUUCAGAGCAAUAAGUUGUAUUUCUCUGGGUUUCUUUUCUUCUAGUUAUUUCCUUCUGAAAGUUGAGAAAGCCUGACCAGCUCUUGAUCUGUACAUCAAAAUAAUAUAUAUGUGUGUAUUUGUGUGUCCCAAAAUUAAUAGUGAUGCAGAAAGCUCAGGCAGAAAGAUAUGUUAAAAGAUAAUCUGCUCAUUUUUUUAAACAGGGAAAUAAGUCUAUGAAAAAUAAUCAUGUCAAAACUGUUUAAUUGUUGGGCCCAGUUGCCAGAAAGAUUGCUACAGGCAGGAAUGCUGACAUAGAAAUAUUCAACUUAAUUGCAACUUUAUUAUGUAUUUGCUGUAGCUGUUGAUCAUGUUUAAAUCACCUGCUGCAAAAUA